AUGAAGAAGAAUAAGGCCAUCAACAAUCAGGUGAAAGAGGAGGCAAAGGCCAAAACUGCGGCACAGAAAGACGUGGAGCAGCUACAGAGAGAGAGAGACAAUCUUCAAACUAAAGUGUUGUCUCUCACAGCCGCCCUGGACCAAGAGAGUCAUGAAAAGGAACAACUGCAGACCAAAGUGCAGGAGAAGGAGAGGACAAUAGACUCUCUCACAGCCGAUGUUUCAUCUUUAAGAUUUGCUUCGAACAAGGAGAAAACAAAGAUCAGCGCUUCAAGUCAGAAACAAAUAGACAGUCUACAAAAGACAGUUCUAAAAACUGAACAGGAGAUGACAUGCCUGAAGGAAACCCAUGAAAAACAGAUGUGGACAAUGAAGUUAAAGGUGCAGGAGAUAUCAGAGGCUCUGAACACUUCAAAGAGCAACAACUCUGCUCUGAAGAAAAGGGUGAAGGGGUGGAGAAAGUGGUCGCUCUGGAGAGGAGCAAAGGUCCAUCCUAUGAGUGUUGCGUCUGUUUAA